GUGCCGAACGCAUAGAUAUGUUAAUGUAUAAAUAAUUUUGAUUCAAAAGUCAUAUAAAAAAUAACCUGCCGAACAUACACUGAAUGUUUGUUUGUAGAUUAGGGUUAAGGUUAGAUUUCUUAAUAUCCACUAAAAAUAAUCACCACCGACACGCACUGUGAAGAAGCGAGGGGACGUAAAGUGUGUGUUAUAUGAUCAACACUAAAUUAUAAUCUUGUCGACAUACACAUGCGCACGUUAUAAUCUUUCAUGAAUAAACCCCGCGAUUAUGACAAAAAAAUGAACCCGAUCAUGGGAUUUUAUUGGAACUGAACGUGUGAACACGCCCUAAAAACUAAAAAGAAAAUAAAUUAACUAAUUUUUAACAAUGAAUGUACUGGUCCAGUCCACCAGAUGGCGCUGUUGAAUGAUAUGAAUCGGUCCAUGUCUGUGACGUUGAAUGCCAAACCACGUCCAAUCGUGACGUUACUUAAUAUUCAUAAGACGCUGCCUGUGAUUGGUUUGCUCGCGUUUAACUUUUCUCAUAUUCAUGACGCGCAUGCGCCAUAGACACAACACACGAGAAUCCGACGCAGUGAAGAUGUCACAGCCUGCAGUGUGUACUGUUGUGUUCUUUGAUUUAGAAACCACUGGCCUCGAUCUCUCGUGUGAUAUCGUCCAGCUGGCUGCAGUCUGUGGACAUCACACCUUGAAUCUCUUCAUGGUUCCUCGAUGCCCCAUUCAGCCCGGGGCGUCCCGAGUGACGGGCUUCCGGGUGAGACGACGCCGUCUGUUUCUGCGCGGCAGGCCCGUGCUCACGAACUCUCUGCGCGAGUCUCUGGUGUCCUUCAUCACCUUCAUUCACACGCUGGGUCGGCCUCUGCUGGCGGGUCACAACAUCCGCAGGUUCGACUGUCACGUUUUGGCUCGAGCUCUGGAUGAGUUCAGUCUCCGGGCAGAUUUUCAGAGAGGAGUUUCAGGAUUUGUGGACACUCUUCCUUUGGCCCGACAGCUUCUGAAAGACCGCGGACUGAAGAGCUUCACGCAGGAGAAUCUGGUGAAGAACCUGCUGGGCGUUUCGUACGCGGCUCAUGACGCUCUAGAGGACGUGCGGGCCCUUCAGAAACUCUACCGGGCCCUGACACCUACAGCCAAUCACAUUCAAAGACACGUGUUUACUCUGGACUCAUAGGUCACGGCAGGUGUCAGUCAAACAUCAGAUUUAUCAGAGCGUUUUAAAUCAGCUGUGAACGUCACAGAUGAACGUCACACCCCCGUCAGUUCGUCGUCUAGAGUUUGAAUAUCAUUUUAAAGCGUAUUUCUGUUCUUUAAUAAACACAUUGAUAUGGA